CGAAAGCCCUAGAGCCAGAGUUCGUUCUUCUCUCUACUGUCCGAAGCUUUCUCCCCACCAAACCACCAACCCAGAUCUCAAUUCUCAUUCAGGAUAAGAUGAGCAGCCGUUCGAGCAGAACUAUCUACGUCGGAAACCUUCCCGGCGACAUCCGCGAGAGGGAAGUCGAAGAUUUGUUCAGUAAGUAUGGACCUGUUGUUCAAAUCGAUUUGAAGAUCCCACCAAGACCUCCUGGCUACGCCUUCGUCGAGUUUGAGGAUCCAAGGGAUGCUGAUGAUGCAAUUCACGGUCGUGAUGGAUAUGACUUCGAUGGCCAUUGUUUAAGGGUGGAGCUAGCACAUGGUGGGAGGCGUUCGUCUAAUGAUGCUCGUGGUAGCUACGGUGGUGGAAGUCGUGGUGGUGGCGGCGGGCGUGAUGGUGGUGACCGUGGACGUGGGCCGUCUAGGAGAUCUGAGUACCGAGUUGUUGUGUCAGGUUUGCCUUCUUCUGCUUCAUGGCAAGACCUUAAGGAUCACAUGCGUAAAGGAGGAGAAGUCUGUUUCUCUCAAGUGUUCCGUGAUGGUAGAGGUACAACUGGAAUCGUUGAUUAUACGAGCUACGAGGACAUGAAGUAUGCGAUAAAGAAGCUCGAUGACACUGAGUUUCGGAAUGCGUUUUCUCGUGGUUAUGUCCGGGUUAGAGAAUAUGAUUCAAGGAAGGAUUCUAGAAGCCCCAGCCGUGGAAGAUCUUAUUCUAGGAGCCGCAGCCGUGGGAGGAGCCACAGCCGCAGUCUUAGCCGCAGCAAGAGCAGGAGCAGGAGUCCAAAGGCGAAAUCUUCCCGUAGGUCGCCUGCAAAAUCAACAUCGAGAUCUCCUCGCUCCCGCUCUAAGUCAAGGACACCACCUCCAAGAGGAUAUGGGAUAUACGUUCAAUCAAACAAAAAAUUGGGAAUUAAUGUCUGGAUCAUUGGAUCUCUUGGUUGGUUGUACACAAACUGUUUCGUCUCAGAGAUGGGUAACAUGGGAGGGACAUUGGAUCGCAUUAUUGUAGUGUCAUCGAUAUGGAUCCAUUGAUGACAGAGCUAGGGAAAUAUUUUUUCAUUACCUGGAAAUUCACCAAGCGUUCUGGAUUCUCAUCGAACAGAUGCUGUUCUCAAUUCACAGGGGUUGAUAGAUUUAGAUUUUCAUCUUAGUUUAUGUUCUGCUAGAACUCGUCUUAACUUUGUGCUCUUUUGAUAACAUUUUGCAUCUCUGACAUGGAAUGAGGCAUCAAGGCUCUUGGUGAAACAGCUGUUAUACACGGAAAACAUAUUAGGAUUUUAAAACUGGAUUUUGUUUCUCGGAAUU